AGUUCCGGGGUGGGGCCGCCGCGGUGCGGCUCGGGGCGAACAAAAGGAGCCGGAGCCGGCGUGAGGGAGGGUGGGGGCCGGGCGGCCAGGGAAGCUGUUCCCAUGGCGUGUGGGGAAUGCAACGCUUCAGCACCCGCUCAGGAUCCAGCACGCAGGAAUAUCAUCUAUUUCCAGCACAGAGAACUGAAGUGCAGAUAGCAGAACCCAGCUGCAGGCCUGUUCAGCAUUAAUGGUGAGGCCGUGCCGCACUUAGUAGGUGGGUGCCCAGCAGGCCGAGACAGGGAUGAGCGUCUGGCAAAAGGAUCCCACCGUGGGAUGCGAGUGUGGAGCUGCGCAAUCUGCAGGCGCUGAAGUGUGCAAUACCUAAACCUGCCUAUUUAAUUAUAACCUUGGAAGACAUAUUUCCUUAUGCUUCUGAUAAGUUGACAGGAGUUUAAGCAUAGAUGUUCCUACCUAUCAGCUUAUGCAAGUUUACUGAAAUCAACUUGCUUUGAACUUGAACAACACACUCUUUCAAAAUCUCAGUAUCGAUGCCUUGCAUGUGGGGAGUUAACUACACUGUGAACAAAUCACCUGUUUCGGAGUGCAACUGGCAAGUUCUGCAGCUUGAGGUGAAUCAUGAUUCCAGUGACUGAACUGCGCUACUUUGCGGACACUCAGCCAGCGUAUCGCAUCCUGAAGCCAUGGUGGGACGUCUUCACAGACUACAUUUCCAUAGUGAUGCUGAUGAUUGCGGUGUUUGGAGGGACGCUUCAGGUCACCCAGGACAAAAUGAUUUGUUUGCCCUGUAAAUGGGUUACCAAAGACUCUUGCAAUGACUCGGUCAGAGGUUGGACAGCUGCAACCCUGGAGCGUACCUACUAUAACUCCAGUCUUGUUCCCUCUACUGAUACAGGGCCGAUGGGGAUCCGGUAUGAUUUGGACCGGCACCAGUAUAACUACGUGGAUGCGGUGUGUUAUGAGAACCGUCUUCACUGGUUUGCCAAGUAUUUUCCUUAUCUGGUGCUGCUACAUACUCUCAUCUUCCUGGCUUGUAGCAACUUCUGGUUCAAAUUCCCAAGGACCAGCUCCAAGCUGGAGCAUUUUGUGUCUAUUUUGCUUAAGUGUUUUGACUCUCCAUGGACAACGAGGGCAUUAUCUGAGACAGUGGUGGAGGAGAGCGAUACCAAGCCAGCAUUUGGGAAAAUGAAUGGCUCCAUGGACAAGAAAUCCUCCACAGUCAGUGAGGAUGUGGAAGCCACCGUUCCCAUGCUGCAGAGAACAAAGUCUCGGAUUGAGCAAGGGAUUGUGGACCGGUCUGAGACUGGUGUCUUGGACAAAAAGGAAGGUGAGCAGGCCAAAGCACUCUUUGAAAAAGUCAAAAAGUUCCGCACGCAUGUGGAAGAGGGAGAUAUAGUUUAUCGCCUCUACAUGAGACAGACCAUCAUCAAAGUGAUCAAGUUCAUUCUGAUCAUCUGCUAUACUGUUUACUAUGUCAACAACAUAACGUUUGAUGUUGACUGUAAAGUGGACAUCGAGAGCUUGACUGGCUACAGGAUGUACCGCUGUGCUCAUCCUUUGGCCACUCUCUUCAAAAUCUUGGCUUCUUUCUACAUCAGUUUGGUGAUAUUCUAUGGCUUGAUCUGCAUGUACACGCUCUGGUGGAUGCUGAGGCGAUCGCUCAAGAAAUAUUCCUUUGAGUCCAUCCGGGAGGAGAGCAGUUACAGCGACAUUCCUGAUGUGAAAAAUGACUUUGCUUUUAUGCUCCAUCUGAUCGAUCAGUAUGACCCCCUGUAUUCCAAGCGCUUUGCCGUCUUUCUGUCGGAGGUGAGUGAGAACAAACUGCGGCAGCUGAACCUCAACAAUGAGUGGACUUUGGAGAAGCUGCGCCAGAGGAUCACCAAGAACUCCCAGGAUAAGCUGGAACUGCAUCUUUUCAUGUUGAGUGGCAUUCCUGACACAGUCUUUGACCUCAUUGAGCUGGAGGUCUUGAAGCUGGAGCUUAUCCCCGAUGUCACUAUUCCCCCAAGCAUUGCUCAGCUCACCAGCCUUAAGGAACUGUGGCUCUACCACACAGCUGCCAAAAUUGAGGCUCCAGCCCUUGCCUUUUUGAGGGAGAACUUGAAAUCUCUCCACAUCAAGUUCACAGACAUCAAGGAGAUUCCCCUUUGGAUUUAUAGCCUGAAGACACUAGAGGAGCUUCAUCUGACUGGGAAUUUGAGUGCCGAAAACAAUCGGUACAUUGUGAUAGAUGGACUGAGGGAGCUGAAGAGGCUGAAGGUGUUACGGUUGAAGAGUAACCUCACCAAGCUGCCACAGGUGGUGACAGAUGUUGGUGUGCAUCUUCAGAAGCUUUCCAUCAACAACGAGGGCACCAAGCUCAUUGUUCUCAACAGCCUUAAGAAAAUGGUCAACUUGACGGAGCUUGAGCUGAUCCGUUGUGACUUGGAACGCAUUCCUCACUCCAUCUUUAGCCUCCACAAUCUGCAGGAGAUAGACCUGAAGGACAAUAACCUAAAGACCAUUGAAGAAAUCAUCAGCUUCCAGCACUUACAUCGUCUCACUUGCCUUAAAUUGUGGUACAACCACAUCGCCUACAUACCCAUGCAAAUAGGCAAUUUAACUAAUUUAGAGCGCCUUUACCUGAAUCGUAACAAGAUAGACAAGAUCCCUACCCAGCUCUUCUAUUGCCGGAAACUUCGGUACUUGGAUCUCAGCCACAACAAUCUGACUUCCAUACCCCCGGAUGUUGGACUUCUUCAAAACCUGCAGAAUCUGGCUGUGACGGCCAACAGGAUUGAGAGUCUCCCACCAGAGCUGUUCCAGUGCAGGAAACUGAGAACCUUGCACCUGGGAAACAAUGUGCUGCAGUCACUCCCGUCCCGGGUCGGAGAGCUGACAAAUCUGUCACAAAUAGAGCUACGAGGGAACCGCUUGGAGUGUCUGCCCGUGGAGCUGGGAGAGUGUCCUCUGCUGAAACGCAGUGGGCUUGUGGUAGAGGAGGACCUGUUCAACACGCUGCCCUUGGAAGUCAAAGAGCGGCUCUGGAGGGCAGACAAAGAGCAAGCCUGAGCCCCUGGAAAAAAGGGAAAAGCGUCUGACCAACUAGAAGGAAACAAAAGGCCAUUCCAGUCCCCCUUUCCCCAGAUCCUCCCCUUUCUCCCCUCCGAUCACUACCAGACUAGCCAAGGAGUCCCUGAACAAACACGACUCUGAAUGAGGCGGCUUCUUGCCUCAGGUGCAGGCUGGGGGAAGCUUGGGAUCAGGAUGAGGAUCACGACAGAUUAGUCAGCCUCUGAGAAAGGGGCAGUGGGAGUAAAAGGUCUUGCUGUUCUGGACAGAAAGUGAGGUGGAUGGUGCUGGUGAGAAGAAAUGACCUUUGAAUGGAGGAGAAAAUGAAAUGUGGGGAUUGCUGCAUUGCUCCAAAUGGGGCUUAUAUGUGUCAGGGACCGAGAGUGUCCAGUGUCCUGCAAGCAAAGAUCAGGAGACUAGGAAACCUCUUGAACUUCCAUCUCUGUGUGUGACACCUGGUACUGUCCCCUCAACUCAGACUCAGGCAGUGAGGCCCCACAGUGGGGUGGGAUAGGAUACAGACAGCUGAUUUUAUCUACAUGCUGGCAUUAAGAUUUGGGGGAUAAAUUGAUCUCAGACAUCAGCUUGAAUGCAGGAUUUUUUUUUUUUUUUUAACCAAAUGUCUGUCCCUUUUGCAUUCUGCACCUUCUCUUCUGCCCUGGAGAAGGAACAAACCCUCCCCAAACUAUAUCUGCUCCUUUAAGGUUGCACUGUUUUAGUAGUUUCAAGUCACUUGUGCUGGAAGCACUAACUGACAUGAUUCCAGAGCUUUAGCCUGUUCUGAAAUGGAUGGUUAUAGUGCAAGUGGGAGAAAAAUCUGGAUAAAAAGCAGUGGGACUGUCUAAUCUGCUCUCCCAGAAGCAUUGAGUUGCUUCAGGAUCUGGCUUUUAAAGUUUUUAAGCUACUUUUACAUUCCUGGUAUUUUGUCACAUAUCAAAUAUGAACAUACAACUGGCCAGGGUGUCUCCUGGGGCUGGUGGUGUUGGUGGAGAUGAACACUCGGUUUUUCUCUGCAUCUCUUGCCCCCCGUUAAGUUGUUAAAUGCUUUGCCAAUGUUUUUCAUGAGCGCAGUCUACAGAGCUGCUUGGUUGGUCUCUUGUGUCGUCCUCCUCACUCUAACAGCUGUCAGUUCCUGUUACACCUCUUGACUUAAGUAGGAGGCUGAUGCUGAUUGAACGUGGUGCUGGAAAAGGACCUGGCCUCCUGUUUCUUCCUCUCUUUCAUUCCAUCAGCUUUAAGGAGCGAUAUGAGAAUCCUCCAUGGACUGAGCUCCUCUAGAUCCCUGGGACAGCGCAGACUUAAUUCAAACAAGUCUGACCUGUUUGGUAUUGUUUGACAGAAGAAAAAAAGAAAGAAAAAUAAAACCGCAAGUGUCUGCGCUGGCAGAGGUAGAUGACUUGUAAUAGCUACUGAUAAUCAUGUCCUUAAGGUGGGGUGGUUAAGGUGUGCCUGUGAUACACCCGAGGUCUGUUCUUUCCCAUCAGAAGGAAGAGGAGGCUCAAGGACCUCCAGGUCCUGGUUGUAACACUCUGCAUCAGACCAGCAGGUUGGCCCCAAGGGGCAGUGCUGCAAGCUGGGGCUUGGCAACUUUGGGGGCGUCCCAUGCGUGCAAAAGUACGGAGCUGCAGCCUCCUCCAAACCGAUUCCUGGCAAGCUCCCAGGGAGUGCCCCGGCCUGGUGAAUUGUGGUGAUCCCUUGGAUGCUGGGGCAAUAAGGCACGCUGUGGCUUUCUUCAUCAGAUGUAAGAUAUGAAAUAUAUACACUAAUCAUGCUGAAAACACAAACGAUGUUAACUGGGCUCUGGAUUUGUUGAUGUUCAGAUGCUUAAAUAAAGCUACAUUAAAAUCCAGGAGAUAUGUUUAUAAAACUACUUCUAAGAAAGAUGUAAAUUCUGCCUCCCUUAGUCCAUUCAUUAUGAGAAGUUUAAACAGUCCAGGGAAUAAUAUAAUUAAAUCUCUUUAUCUGGAAAGCAAGGUACUGUAAAAGCUCUUCUUUCUAACAGGGUUAGUGUCUUGAAAUUGUAUUAGAGUUGGGGCCACCACUGAAAAGAUGGGGAAGUGUUGAUACUGAUGCUUCUUGGAUUGUACGUGUUCUAUUUGCACGAGCAUUUUGGAUUAACAGAGAGGACAGGAGUUGCUGGGUGGGCCUAAUGCUUUUGAAGUAAAGCAGGAAUGGCUCCAGGCUUCAGUAAUAACUGUUUUCCAGUCGGUUCCUUGUGGUGGGUGUGGGGGCUGUUUGGAUUGUGAAAACCUUUUUUCCUUAUGCUGUGCCAAAAGAUAGUGCUGGAGAGUAACAGCUACUGAAUAGCGGCUUGAACUCUUUUGUAUUCGAGGCCACUGGUUGACUGGUUUACAACACAUGUAUUUUAGACCAGGCAGGGCUGAAAGGGCAAAGCACCUCAGGAUUUUCACCCUCCUUAGAGAAGGACAGAUUCCUUCUGUGUGUCUAGAUCGUUGUACACGGGUGCUUUGAGUCUUGAUUGUAGUUGUGGUCUUAGUCAUACAAACAGAACUUUACACAGUCACGUUAGAAAUUUAUAUAAGCGGCUUCUGAAAGUAUGCUGCAGUGCUUCUAGAAGCUUGCAAGCCUGAACUGCUGUUUUUCUCAGUGCUGAGUCCAUGGGACAAGUGAUCAGAUAACGGAGCUAUGCUGCUGCUCGCUGAGUAGAGUCUGCUCUGUGCCUGAGGUCUACAAAGCAUUUUUAAGAGAGGCCAGUAUUGAUCGUGCAUGAAGACACUGGCUUUUUGCUCCUCUUACAAUAUUCCAAGAUCAGUUUUUUUUGGCUAUGGCUGCUAGGGCUUGAGAUAGCUUCCUGCGUGGCAAAAUUGGGGUGAGCAGUCUGAUAACUUCUUGUACCUGAAACACGGGUGGCACAGAUAUACAUGGCUACUCUGGAAGACAGCAAUAUGUAUUGUUUACUCCUGAUAUGUGCUUCUUGGUCUUCCCUCAAAUAGAUACUGAUUCCAGAGUAUCAGUCUCACGUGAUGAGAUGAAAGAAGCUUUAAAAUGUCAAGGAUGGGGUCUAAACUGUGAGGUCCUGAAUGUGCUUAUUGCUCAGGACUCCUGCAAAACUCAACCCACAGCAGAAUGAGUCAUCCACCUCCCAAACUUGUCUGGAUUGCUCAGGCUUUGAGAGAUGAGCUUGCAUCAACAAUCCUUCCUCAUUUGCAAGUAUUCAAUUAGUGUAUAUUUUUUUCCUUUAAAUUUCCAUCAAACUGAAGUUUAAGGGGUUUGUUUCUGAGUCUGAUCUGUGCAUUCAGAAAAAAAAACAAUCAAGCAAACAAUCAACAGUCUGGUCAGUGUAUUGUUUUCCUGAUGGGCUUUUCAAAGCACUCUGGUAGUAGCAAACCAGAUUAUUUAUUAGCUGCUAAACCAUACAACGACUUCAACCCAAUUGUUUCCUUAAUAGCACUUCUGAGCUGAAUGAGUUGUUGGAGCCCCUGUAGAUCACACACAUGCUCAUCCCGUGUUAGGACUGGAGGUUAGUGAUGCUAAAUACUCCAAAAAGCACUAAACUGCAACUAAGGAAUACCAAACCUACUCCAUGCAUUACAUCUUGCUGUAUCUCUGAAACUAUGCACUGGAAUGUUAGCUGAAGUUGUUCUUUGUUUAAGAUGUUCUGAUUUCUAUUUGGUCCCCAGUUAAUUUAGCAGCUGGAGUUCAAUUUACUCUGCUGGUCUGGUUAACUAGCUGUUCCAGGUAGCUUUCACGACAUGGUGUUUUUUGGUAUUAAUUGUUACUUCCUGAUAAUAAUCCUACCUCAUUUCUUAUUUUUUUCUUAUUACCAUUUAUGCACUCUUCUUAGCUCACUUCACUUUAAUUAAAGUUCUUGGUGUUCAUUACCAUAAA